AUGACUUUCGUCAGUAAUUUAUACAAGGUUUCUACCUUCUAUGAUCUCACCCGGCCUAACUGUCUCGUCAAUGCCUUGUCGGAGAUUAUAAGCCAAUACGACGCUUACGAAUUAUGGAAGAGGCGUUCUCAUCGCGCUCGUCGUUUUUAUAGUUAUAGUUUUAAUGUGAAUGUUGCUGUAUCAAUGACAUGCUCGGGAAUUCUCCCAAUGAAGUAA